AUGGUCACCACUUGCAGCAAACGGUUGGCCCCACCUCCCGCCUGCCAGGAAAGCGUCAGCCACGGCAUUGCCUCAUGCCCCCCUAGCCGAGAGGGGGGUGUACCACAGCAGAGCUGUACCAAAACCCCCUGCAAACACGGGAAACAUCAGAUUGCAACGUGCAACAACCCCGAGCACGGUGAUAGGAUCCCACCGCAUCCGGAGCAUAUCAGCAAGUAG